GUCCCAUUAAGUUGCGCUUUUGUUUCAAAUACACAAGUAUAGUCGUGUUUGUUUGAUUUAAACGCGUCUUUUGCUGUCCAUUUGCGAUAACCGUGCGCUGUCGUUAAAUGUGGUACGGUUAUAUAUUUCUGUUCCUUCGGAAGCCAAGUGCCGCUACGCAUGUCAAAUAUCCCUCCGCUAUUUUUUGUCCCCUUUCAGACUGUUUUGGUCUUUUCGAUGUUAGCAACGGAAACAACCCGAGACAGCACUAAAAAUCUAAUUUCAGAUUACAAAAUCAUUUCGUUCGGAAGAACGCAGCACGUUGGCAAGAGGUUUGACGCCAGGAUUUAUUUCAGCAGAGCCGUUUUCGCGUGCUGUCGUUUUUUAAAGUCGCGUUUUCCCCUUUUCUUUUAAAAGCAAUUGUACAGGGUGCUAAUUGGGCUCGACUAGCCCCGCUAGCUUGUUAGCAUAGCAUCUUCAAGACGUGCACGUUGACAUUUAGCGUGCUAGCCACAAGAGCUCGGGAAUCUGCUAACGGCGGGGGCUAACAGUCGCAAACCAACCACCACAAACACACGCACGCCGUUGUCUCGUCGUCGUCAAGAGAAUUUGCGGUGUCAAGCUGGUCAUUUUAGGACACCGUUUUUUAUGGGCUCGCCAUGUCAAUGAAGGCCGGUGGAAAUCGCAGCAAGCCCGGCGGUGGCAACGCCGCUGGUGCCGGAGGAAGCGGCGGGGGACGACAGAAUCUGGGCAGGGGAAGACACAGUGGUAAAGGUCCUGCAGCGGUCAUUUUCAAUGGCGUGUAUGCAAACAUGAGGAUGGUCCACGUCUUGACAUCAGUUGUGGGAACCAAGUGUGAACUGAAGGUGAAAAAUGGAGCCGUCUAUGAAGGAGUGUUCAAGACUUACGGUCCAGAGUGUGACUUGGUGUUGGAUGCAGCCCACAGGAAGAGCCCCGAACCAAGCGCGGGCCCCAAGAAAGAGGACAUUGUGGAAAGCAUCGUCUUCAAGGCUUCCGAUGUUGUCGCUGUGUCUUUUAAAGACGUUGACCUUAACUUUGCUCGGAAAGUUUCCUCAGACACAGGGGAAGAUCAGGCAGAUUGCACCAUCAAGCUUUUACUGGAGACUCUUGCAAAAGAGCAUAAAGGUGUAUCCUUGCGUGUCUCAGAUAACUUCACAGACUCUGCAGUGAGUGGCAGGAUCAAUGGCGAGCACAAAGAGAAAGAUCUAGAGCCGUGGGAUGGCGGCGAGACCCACAAUUCUGACAGCCUCGAGUCACUGGAUACCGAUGUGUCAAAUGGGUGGGACCCCAAUGACAUGUUCAAGUACAACGAGGAGAAAUACGGUGUCUUGUCUACAUAUGACAGCAGCCUGUCCACCUAUACUGUCCCGCUUGAGCGGGACAACUCCGAGGAGUUCCUCAAGAGGGAAGCCCGGGCUGCCCAGCUGGCCGAGGAGAUAGAAGCCAGCUCUACAUACAUGGCCCGCGUGGCCCUAGAGAACGACGAGCGCUCAGAGGAGGAGAAAUUCACCGCGGUGGUGAGAGGUGAAAGAGAGAUGCACACAUUAAACAGGGAGAACAAAUACAUUCCCCCGGGCCAGAGAAACAGGGAAGCCAUGUCAUGGGGGUCAGGACGCCAGAAUUCCCCACGUCUGACUCCGAACUCGGCCGGGCCGUCGGCUCCUCGCGUGGGACUCCAUGACUACAAUCAGAGCCCGGGGGGCGACCAGAGGGUGGUGAACGGAGGUUCGUCUCAUUGGCCCUCACCCUGUCCGUCUCCUUCCUCCCGCCCCCUUCCUCGUUACCAGUCCGGCCCCUCCUCCCUGCCUCCUCGGGCCACCACGCCCACCAGGCCACCCUCCAGGCCCCCCUCUCGACCUUCCAGGCCUCCCUCUCAUUCAUCCCACCCCUCCUUUACCUCCUCCUCCUGCUCUUCCUCAUCCCCCUUUCCUCUCCACGGGUCCUCGUCGCCGGCCGCCACUCUGCCCAAACGCAUGUCUUCAGAAGGUCCACCGCGGAUGUCUCCAAAAUCCCAGAGGAUGCCCCGUGCUCACAGAGUGCCGCCCAGCCGGACAACUGGGAUGCCGCCGCCGGCGGUGGACCUCAUUUCUCACACAACGCCCGGAGACGUCCCAGUGACUCCGUCAAACCGAGGCAACUCCUCGGGAGGAACCUGGUCUUCUGUCGUCAGUGGAGGUCACAGACCUCGCUCCCCGCGUCAGAACAAUAUGGGCGGAGCCUCCCCUUCCUCCGCCUCUCUUCCUCAGACGGGAACAAGUCCUGCGGAGUCUUUCGCCGCACCGAUGUCCGCUUCCUCCCCGACCGCUCCGAGCCCCGCCCCCAACAUGGUCGCCUCUCUAUCAGGAGAUGUUAAAGAAAGUCGUGUCCAGGAGACGAGACAAACAUCCCCCAAAGCUAACAAAGAUGGCAUGAAGGACAGUUCUUCCAAUAUCAGCAGACCAGUGUGCAAAGGUCUCCCCUCCUUGGCACUUGACCACAGGAAACAAAUCGACAAUCUAAAGAAAUUUAGUGAAGAUUUUAGGUUGCAGUCGAGUUCCAACCCGGAUCCCGCCUUUGACCACAUGAUCACCAAGCCUCCAAGAGACUGCGCAGACAAGCCCACCGACCUUGCCUCUUUGGACAAAGCCUCCCCAAAGAGCCCCGAAGACCGCGGCGGCACCACCCCAUCCACGGGCGGCGCCGUCAACGCGAGUAAGCCCGGCAGCCCUGCCGCACUGUCCCCGUCUCCUUCAGGGACCGAGCAGAAGAGGGCGGGGCUGGACGUGACGUCGCAGGGGGUCCAGACGACGGCAGUGUCAAAUUUUGGUGGGCCCAAGCAUGAAGAAAAAGAGGAAAAGAAGGAGGCGGUGCAAGAUCAAGUAAGAAAGUCCACCUUAAACCCCAACGCCAAUGAGUUCAAGCCAAGGUUCAACACGCAGCCCAAACCAGCCAACACCCCGACCCCCCCGCGACCUCAGGGCCAGGCCAGCCCCUCCAUCGUGGUCCAGCAGCAUCCAACCGUCUACGGCCAGCCGGUGUGCUUCCCCCAGAUGUAUCCUCUCACACCAGUGAGUCCCGGAGUACAGAAAAGCAUAAUAUGGAAGUCUCCAGCGAUGUACCAGGUGCAGAUGCCACACAUGACCGUCAACCAGUCUAAACCGUACAGACCAGGUAAAGUGCCCAACAUGACCCAGCAGAGGUCGGACCAGCACCACCCGCCGGGCACGCCCACCCUCAUGCACCCGGCCACGGCGGCGGGGCCACAGAUCAUCACGCAGAGCCCGGCUUACUCCGCCCAAUACUUCACAUGCAGCCCGCAACAGUUCCCUAGUCAGCAGCUGGUUCAACAGAUGCCACACUACCAGUCUCAGGCACAGCAUGUGUUCAGUCCUGUCAUGCAAGGCAGCGCCCGCAUGAUGGCGCCGCACGCCCACGGCCAGCCCAGCCUGGUGUCUUCCUCCAACACGCAGUACCCAGAGCAGACACACACCAUGUAUGUGUCUCCUGGCCCCAUGCCCCAGCAGUACCCUCACCCUAGCGCCACCUUGCACCCCCACCCGCAGCACCCUCAGCCCUCCGCCACGCCCACAGGCCAAGGGCAGCAAGGGGGCCCACCUCAGCACGGAGGACCGCCCGCCCACCCGGCCGCCAGCCCCGUGCAGCACCCGCAGCACCCUCAGGCGGUAGCGGCCGCCGCCGCUCAGGCCCUUCACCUGGCCAACCAAUCUCAGCAGCCCAUGUACUCGGCUUUGGCCCCCACGCCGCCCUCCAUGACGCCGGGCCCCAACCCGCAGUCCCCGCAGGCGGCCUUCCCGUCAGCCCAGCAGACUGUCUACAUCCACCCGCAGCAGGUGCAGCAUGGCUACAACCCCAACCACAUGGCCCACGUGCAGCAGGCUCACAUGCAGUCGGGCAUGGUGCCAUCUCACCACGCGCCGCCCACCCACCCCCCGAUGAUGCUGAUGGCUACGCAGGGCCCCCCGGGUGGUCCUCAGCCUCCCAUGGCGCAGACAGCCCUCAACCAUAUCCCCGUCUCUUCCACGACACCCUUCUCCUACCUGGCGCAUCCGCAAGUGCAACCUCAUCACCAGCAGCAGCUGUAGGUGGCAAAUAGAUGGCGCCAGUGAGCAGAAACUUCGUUUAUGAAGAGGAUGAGGAGCCCUCUUCCUUUUUUCACCCCUCGUCCUCACCCGACAUGUUCCCUAUCCACUCCCCCCCCCCCUUUUCCCUUGUUCCCCAGAAAAGGCAAUAAGAGAAUGUUAACAGGUUGACGAUGCAGUGAUUUGUUUUAAGAGAAAACUAAUCUAUGAUCGAAGAAUUAAACUGGAACCCUUGUCUGCACCUUGUCAGGGUGGGGGGAAAAAAAGCAACCCAUUUUUGGACAGUAUUAAUCUUACUGUUGUAUCGCUGAUGCCGCUACAAGACAACAAGUGUCUAACCAAACUAAAAAAACAGCCAGCGACAGGGAAAAUACAACAAAUGUGUUUAUUUAUGACAAAAACAAAAGAUGGUUAUCGCAACCCACCUCUCACCUGACCCUAAUGUAACUUUUAAGUUAAAGCUUUUACUUUGUAGAUAAUAUAAAUAAUUUAAAAAAUGAGCCAAAAAAAUAAAAAAAAUAAAAAAAGUUUUAAAAACUGA